AUGUAUGAAAUAUCCAAAAGAUUAAAAAAUGGUUUUAUAAUAGCUUACUGUAAAAAUACCAGCUUAUUGAUUUCGUUUGACAUCUGUUUUGAAUAUAGUGGUAAUUUUCAAUUACCAGCUUUCUUUAUAUGUAGAGAUGAGAGAAUUUUUGUUAAAAAAGAGUCUUAUAAACUUAAAAAGUCUGAAAAUACUUUAUUUAAACUGAUUGUUACUGGUAAUAUACAAUUUUAUGAUUUAAAACAGUUUUUGCCAACUAUUUUUGAUAUAAAAGUUAUUAAGAAACACAACGAAUCCUUAUUUCUUAUUGAAAACUUUGAUUAUAUUUGGUUUAUUUCAAGUGAAGUUUUAGGUGAAGAUGAGGCUAAAACAAUUCUCAUUAAAAAGUUGAAUUCUUAA